GUAGUCCAACACAAUGGACGGCAUGUUGUUAACGGAGAGGCAAGCAUGCGUUUUUAACAACUGAAAGAAAUGAUAUUAUAAAUAAAAACAUUUAUUUAUUGUUAAAUUUUGCAUCAAGUUUUACUGUUAAGAAGAUAAUAUAAUUGUCACUGGUUUUUGUUAUCAGGAGUUGUUUAUUGAGCAAUCAGGAUGCCACGUUUGACGCAGCUGUAUCUGGCAGCAGCGUCAAGACAUAAUAUCAAAGAAAUCACAGUUAACAGACAUUACCGUUAUGUUAUGGCACGACCUGGAACCAUCCAAGCCCAGAUUGCAAACUUACCUGGUAGAUCUAGACCACCUGUUAUAGUUCAACCAAUCAAAGAGUGGAAAAUUCAUCUAGGCGAUCUAGUAAUAUAUAAUUGUUACAAGUAUGUAGGAAAGAUGGAGGGAUAUAGAGGGACGAUGGUUGCCAGUGAAACACCUUUGGAUUACUUUUCUGUCGCCCUUGUUGACCCCUCAGACAGUCAACCAACAGAUAUUCAGUUCCGAUACACAGAAGCUGGGGACCGUGUACGAGUGUCCAAGAGAACUGGCCGAAUUAUACCAAUACCGGCUAAGGCUUUACUAAAUCCAGAUGAACCCGAUCCAGCUAAGUAUACAGAUCAACCUAAAGACACCUCAGUUGAUGAUGUAGGCAAGAAAACAUUUAAGAUACAGUAUAAAUCUGUUGAACAAGAUUUGAUGGACAAAUAUAACAUUGUUGAAACAAGAACACGAGCAAAAACGUACUGGUACUAAAGGAGGUGCAAUGAUUUUAGAUUUUGAAAACAGGGAGUGGUAUGGACCCCUGUUUUGGAUGGUUUUAUCAAGGAAAUUUCAAUUAAUAAGAGGAAACAGGAGGAGACCUAUUAAUUUUAUUUAUCUAUCCAGUCAUGGAAUGUAAUAGCUUCUGUUUGUGAAAUGUAGUGAAUUUUUCAGUGGUAGAGUUGAAAUGCUGGCCUUACUAUUCCUACCUCCUGUGUUGCUACACUACCAAAUCCUUACUUGUGGAAAUUCAGAGCAGAUGCAUGUGUAAUAAUUUCCCCUACAUAUGGAGUCUCAGGGCACAUCAGUAUUUGUGUAUCUGGCCCCUUUUAGGGUCUCAAGUCCUAGCUGAUUGUCUACUUUGUGCACUUACCCUAUGUUUUAGUAACAUUAUUGGCUAAAUAGCUGGAGUUCAUGUUGCUAUUCAAUGCAUUAGGAACAUUACUGUACUCGCACGAAUAAGUGUCCUGUUUGAAUAAGCGCCCCUUGGUGUUUAUUCAUUUUUUUUGUGAUCGAUUUUUUUUAGCAAAUG